GGAGUCCGUGUUGUGUUUACUGACAUCUUCAUCAUCAGCGUCAUCAGCGUUAGCAGGAGCAGCAGCCUGACGGGAAAUAAUAACCAUUACACCGAGGAACACAUUUACAUCUAAUUCACUCAUUUUAACCAACAAAAGCCACGUUUUCUCCACUGAAUCCACCUCCUUUUAUUCACUAACAGUCUGAAGAAGAAGAAGAAGAAGAAGCGGCAAACAUGUUCUACACCUGUGGUCCCAACGAGGCUAUGGUGGUGUCAGGUUUUUGUCGUUCGCCUCCCAUGAUGAUCGUCGGAGGUCGAGUGUUUGUCUUCCCCUGUGUUCAACAGCUACAGAGGAUUUCCCUGAACACUCUGACUCUGAACGUGAAGAGCGAUAAAGUCUACACGCGUCAUGGAGUCCCUGUCUCUGUGACAGGUGUCGCCCAGAUGAAGAUCCAGGGUCAGAACAAGCAGAUGUUGGCUGCAGCCUGUCAAAUGUUCAUGGGGAAGUCGGAGGCGGAGAUUUCCCAGAUCGCCUUGGAGACACUGGAGGGCCAUCAGCGAGCCAUCAUCGCUCACUUGACUGUUGAGGAGAUCUACAAGGACCGUAAGAAGUUCUCGGAGCAGGUUUUCAAGGUGGCUUCCUCUGACCUGGUCAACAUGGGCAUCAGUGUGGUCAGCUACACGCUCAAAGAUGUUCAUGACGACCAGGAUUACCUGCAUUCACUGGGGAAAGGUCGCACAGCCCAGGUUCAGAAAGACGCUCGCAUCGGAGAGGCCCAGAACAAGAGAGACGCUGUGAUCAGAGAAGCCCAUGCAAUGCAGGAGAAAAUUUCUGCUCAAUACAAGAAUGAGAUCGACAUGGCAAAGGCUCAGAGAGACUAUGAGCUGAAGAAAGCAGCCUAUGACAUCGAGGUCAACACUAAGAAGGCUGAGUCAGAGAUGGCUUACCAGCUGCAGGUAGCUAAGACAAAGCAGCGGAUUGAGGAGGAGAAGAUGCAGGUGCGGGUGGUAGAGAGGACGCAGCAGAUCACACUGCAGGAGCAGGAGAUCACCCGUAGGGAGAAAGAGCUGGAGGCCAAAGUGAUGAAACCGGCUGACGCUGAGCGCUAUCGCCUGGAGAAACUGGCCGAGGCUGAGCGGCGGAAGUUGAUCAUGGAGGCUGAAGCCGAAGCAGAGUCCAUCAGGGUCAAAGGUGAGGCCGAGGCGUUUGCAGUGGAGGCCAAGGGUCGUGCAGAGGCUGAGCAGAUGGCAAAGAAGGCCGAGGCCUUCCAGCAGUACCAGGAUGGAGCCAUGGUGGACAUGCUGCUGGAGAAGCUGCCUCUGAUGGCAGAAGAGAUCAGCAAGCCUCUGUGUGAGGCCAAGAAGGUGACCAUGGUGUCCUGCGGCGGUGGCGAAGUGGGCGCCGCCAAACUGUCAGGAGAGGUUCUGGAAAUCAUGACGCGCCUCCCUGAGGCGGUGGAGAAACUGACCGGAAUCAACAUCUCCCAGGUGACAUCUCGCACAGGCUGAAGAGAAUCCACCAAAGUGGCGUCCAGGCAGAUCCACUCUGCUGCCGUCUUACCGUCUGCCUGGACUCUGUGCAUGAGUUGACCCUAAACAUCCGCCUCCUUCCUCUUAACCCGCCCACUCUCGCAUCAUCUGUAUCUGCCUCCGU